GCAUCAGUGACAAGCUGGUCGGUUAACAGUGAACCCUCGCGCACGCGUCCACGGCAUUGAUCGUGACAGAUCCUCGCCUCUAACGCAGACCCCCGGGUUCAGGGUUCGCCCCUCCUGACCGGCGCCAAUCUCUAGAUGAGUACAAGGAGGGGGGCGGGAAGGGUAGUUUGAAGAGGGGAGGGGGGGGGGGCUUUUUUUGAGAGAGGACGCCAAUUUCCCGACUACUUGUUCACCGGAGGAGAAGAAGAACAAGAACAAGAACAAAAAGAACAAGAAGAACAGAAACAAAAAGCAGAAAGAAAAUGUCCAACCCCAGUGGACAGUAACAGCUGGGGGAGAAAAGAAUUCAGUCGGAACCACGCGUCGGAAGAAGCUCAUUAACUCCACGGAAACCCAGAAAGAGGGAGAAAGAGCGAGAGAAGAACCAGCGAGCAGAGCGCAUCCCUUAUUGCUGCUGGAGUCCUUCUUUAAACUGAUAUGGCUGCUGCACUUUGGAAGCCUAAACCACUGGAUUUGGGCUUGUGGAUCUUCCUCCUGCUCCUCAACUUCCUUGCUGAAGCCAGGGCAGUCAUUGGACACAGGGAGCCGUUGCCUGAUGACAGUAAAGACAAUAUCACCAUUUUCACCCGAAUUCUUGACAGGCUGUUGGAUGGAUAUGACAACAGACUACGUCCUGGACUGGGAGAGAGUGUGACAGAAGUGGGGACAAACAUCUUUGUUACAAGUUUUGGGCCGGUGUCGGAUACAGACAUGGAGUACACCAUCGAUGUCUUCUUCCGUCAGAGUUGGAGGGACGAGAGGCUUAAGUUUGACGGGCCCAUGCAGGUUUUACCCCUCAACAACCUCUUGGCUAGUAAGAUCUGGACUCCUGAUACAUUCUUCCAUAACGGAAAGAAAUCGGUGGCCCAUAACAUGACGACUCCCAACAAACUGCUGCGGCUAGUCGACAACGGAACACUUCUAUACACAAUGAGGUUGACCAUUCAUGCCGAGUGCCCCAUGCACCUGGAGGACUUCCCGAUGGAUGCACACGCCUGUCCUUUGAAAUUCGGAAGUUAUGCCUACACCAAUAACGAGGUGAUCUACCUGUGGACCAAGGGAGACGAAAACUCUGUUUCUGUUGCGGAAGGUGGCUCCAGGCUGAACCAGUAUGACUUACUGGGACAUGUUAUUGGCAAAGAAACCAUCAGUUCCAGCACAGGCGAAUAUGUAGUGAUGACAACAUAUUUCCAUUUGAAAAGGAAAAUUGGCUAUUUUGUGAUUCAAACCUACCUCCCGUGCAUCAUGACUGUCAUACUGUCUCAGGUCUCCUUCUGGCUAAACAGAGAAUCUGUUCCUGCUCGCACUGUAUUUGGGGUCACCACUGUCCUGACCAUGACCACCCUGAGCAUCAGUGCUAGAAACUCCCUCCCUAAGGUGGCCUAUGCCACUGCCAUGGACUGGUUCAUGGCAGUGUGCUAUGCCUUUGUCUUCUCUGCCUUGAUUGAGUUUGCCACAGUCAACUACUUCACCAAACGCAGCUGGGCAUGGGAUGGGAAAAAGGAGGGCAUGGAGAUAAGGGAACCGUUUCAGGCUAACAUGGCCAGGAUUAACGAUAUGAGAAGAGAGUCGUCGACGUUGUCCAAAAAGUCAAACAACACCUUCAACAUUGUUGGAACCACCUACGCCAUCAACGAGGCUAAAGACCAAGGUUUAACGACCAUUGCCAAGAGUGCCGCUGCGGCGGCGGCCAAACACCAGUACCUCCAUAAAAUGGAAGACCCCUACACGGAGGCCAAGAAGUCUUACAACCGUGUCAGCAAAGUGGACAAGAUCUCACGCAUCAUUUUCCCAGUUUUGUUCUUCAUCUUCAACUUAGGCUACUGGGCCACGUACGUCAACAGGAAGCCCGCCAUCAUGAAGGCAAACAACUCAAACUGAACCAAAUGCUAGGCUUGAUCUGGGAGGUAGACAGGUUUGCAGGAGGCCAAGUCCAUCGCGCCGUUUGUGUGUGUGGGUGUGUUUUGUGUGUCU